UAAGAACCCGCUGAAAUCUCUUUAUCCUUCUUUUUUCCUCUGUUUUUCUGUGGAAGCUUUUUCUUCCUCCGUUUUCAUUCUACCAAAUCAAGAAAUUAUUCUUCUUCUCCUUAUUCUUCUUUAUCACUUUAUCUCUCUUCAUUUCUACAAACCAAUUUUGGACCAUUUCUUCUUCUUGUUCUGCCAUUUGUACCACAUGCUGUGGAAAAGAAAGGAGAAAAAAAAAACCAUUCUCUUAAGAGGGUUUUCCUUGAAACUUUAAUAAAGGAAUCUUCAUGCAAAAGCUUUUUGAUUCUGAGUUUUUUAUUCUAAUGAAAGCUUCUUUAUUUGUUCUGUUCGAGAUUUAAAGAAACAAAAAAACAAAAAAACAUAACUUGGUUUUCUAGAAUCUAUGUCUUCUGUGCCAGCAAGAACGGGGCGACAAAGACAACGUUAUGAAGACAACCUUCGACUUGUUUCUGGAUGUAUUCCGUAUAGAUGGAGAAAGGAGAAUGCAGAUCAAAUUGGAAAAACCGAGGAAAUGAUAGAAGUACUUAUGAUUUCUUCGCCAAAACGUGACGACCUUGUAUUUCCAAAGGGUGGCUGGGAGAAUGAUGAGACUGUUACAGAAGCCGCUUGUCGUGAAGCUUUAGAAGAAGCAGGAGUUAAAGGAAUACUAAGAGAAACUCCAUUAGGAAUAUGGGAGUUCAGAAGCAAAAGCAGCCAAGACUUGUGUGGCAUGGAAGGAGGCUGCAGAGGAUACAUGUUUGCCUUGGAGGUGACUGAAGAACUCGAGCAUUGGCCUGAGCAGAAAAACCGUGCUCGCCGAUGGUUAAACAUAAAGGAAGCAUUUAGACUCAGCCGAUAUGAUUGGAUGUGUAAUGCACUUGAGGAGUUUACUAAAGUUAUGGCAGAAGACAGGAAGCUUGACAACCAAGACAAUAAUGUUGACCCCCCUUCCGUUCUCGUAACAGAUGUCUCAGAAUGUCAAAGUAUGUCACCCAAUUGCUAUAAAAGAUCCUCUAACAUGCAGCACCACGGCGUGCCUUCUAAAUCCAAUCUACUGCAACACGCAUCUCAAGAGAUAGCCAUCCAUUUUGGCUAUUGAAAUUGCUGUACACUUGUGCUGUAUUGUGCAUUAACUUCUUCAAACUGAUAAGACCAAAAUGUGAAGUAAUGAUUUGGACUUUGGAUGCUCUUGUCAUCGAUUUCGUAAUUGUAGGUUCUGUUAGAAUGUGAUGGUGAAAGUCUCCAGUGUAUAUCGAUUUAAAUAGCUAUUUACUUCACCUCACAGUUCAUGAAAAACUUGUAAUAUAGCAGCACCAUUUGUGAAAAUCGUGUUAUCACAAAGGGCGAAGAUGUGAGAAUCUUCAAUUCAUAAUUUUCUUAGGUACUAUUCAAGCAGAACAAUUGGUUUCAUUUUGAACAAUGGUUCUUAUGACAGUACUAUCCAUGGUUACCUGUUUCA